UUUCCUUCACAAAUAAAUGUAAGCGAAAGAAAAGAGAAAGAUAAAAGGAAGGAAGAAAGCCAUGGCAGCGACGGAGGGAGAUAACGGAGAGUUCUACCUUCGUUACUACGUAGGUCACAGAGGUAAAUUCGGUCACGAAUUCCUGGAGUUCGAGUUCCGUCCAGAUGGCAAGCUCCGAUACGCCAACAACUCUAACUACAAAAACGACACCAUGAUUCGCAAAGAAGUCUUCCUUACCCCCGCCGUCCUGAAAGAGUGCCGCCGCAUCAUCUCCGAGAGCGAGAUUAUGAAGGAAGAUGACAACAACUGGCCAGAGCCAGACCGGGUUGGGAAACAGGAGCUGGAGAUUGUGAUGGGGAAUGAGCAUAUUUCUUUUACUACAUCAAAGAUUGGAUCACUUGUUGAUGUUCACAGUAGCCAGGAUCCUGAAGGGCUUCGCAUCUUCUAUUAUCUUGUCCAGGACUUGAAGUGCUUUGUUUUCUCUCUCAUCUCUCUCCACUUCAAAAUCAAGCCCAUAUAACAACCAUAAUCUCAACCAUUCAUUGCAUGCUUCAAGGGGCUGUUUUUGCAGAUGUUUGAAUUGUAUACUUUGCAGUAGGGUUUGUCACUUGCUCUUUUUUUUUCCUUUUAGUUUUAUCCGAAGCUGUCCAAGGUUUUAUCAAUGCUUGGAUUGAUGAGUAUUUCGUGGACUGGAAUGGUAGUGUUAUGAAACCUUAAUGUGUCCUGGAUGCCUCUCCAGCGGUGUCUGUAAUCUUUGGAUAUGUUAACUACUAAGAUUUUAAUCUAAAGAACUUUCAGCUGUGUUCCAAA